GGGAUUUCUGAUUCAUGCUGUUAGGAAUCAACAAAGGAUCUAGGCCAAAGGCACUUUUCCUUCUAGUCUUGUCUCUCCAAGUGCUUACUUAACCUCUCUUCCCUUUCAGUUCUCUGAGCAAGCAAUUAUUUCACAUAUUGGACCAACAUUGCCUGACCCACUCAUUUAUUCUGCAGAUUAUGAUCAAGUGACAGCAUCCUGUUGCUAAACAAAUGCUCCACACUAAUCCACAAUCACUACAUUUAAACAUCAUAAUUAAUCCUUGUGAGAUGGUUAUAUUAGAUUUCUCUCUGACCUAUAAUCUCUUUUUUUCUUUUAUUUCAUAACAUAGGUAAUAGAGAGGCAGGCAGAUCCUGAAGAAUUGCUGCUGUAUUAUCUAAGAAAGCAGCUCCGUCUUUCAGGUACAAAAUAUGGCUGUGGAGUAGGAGGCUGUGGUGCCUGCACUGUGAUGAUAUCCACAUAUGAUCCUGUUGCCAAACUGAUACAUCAUCGUCCUGCCAACUCUUGCCUUCUCCCGUUAUGUUCACUGCAUGGUGCUGCUGUCAUUACUGUGGAAGGGGUUGGAAGCAUAAAAACCCGGAUUCAUCCAAUUCAGGAAAGGCUGGCCAAAUGCAAUGGCUCCCAGUGUGGCUUCUGCACCCCUGGAAUGGUGAUGUCCAUGUAUGCCUUACUGAGAAACCAUGCAAAACCUUCCAUGGAGCAGAUUAUUUCUGCUCUGGAUGGUAAUUUGUGCCGUUGCACAGGAUACAGGCCAAUUAUAGACAGCUACACAUCUUUUGCUAGGGAGCCAACAUGUUGCCAACUCAGAGGAACUGGACAAUGUUGCUUGGAUCAGGAGGAAUGUGUCUGUUCAUCUUCUACAGGGGGUCAGAUCCUUUCAGGUCUUUGCAAUCCAGAACAAUUCCUGCCCAUGGAUCCAACACAGGAAUUUAUAUUUCCUCCUGAACUAAUGAGAAUGGCUCAAGAGCAGCAAAGAACAACUCUGAUUUUUCAUGGCAAAAGAACAACAUGGAUUUCUCCUCCUAGCCUGAAGAAGCUUCUGAAGCUGAAAGCCAAGUAUCCAAAGGCACCUUUGGUUGUGGGGAACACUAGCGUGGGGAUCCUAAAUGCAUUUUGUCACCACAAGGAUUGUGCUUCAAUAUUUAGGCCAAUGUAAUUUCCCAUGACUUUUUUGCAGCAAGUCAAU